UUGCUGAAUUCUGAUACCGACUAAUUUUCUCUGCACGCAGAGGGAGAGAAAACCAUAGAGAUAGAGAAGAUAAUAAAAUAUACCAAGUCACAGAUAUUUCGUGAUCUUCUUUGGGUUUCUACCUUUGAUUUGAUUCAGUUCUCUCUCUCAAAUUUUCUAGCAGCAUAUCUGCAUAUGCAUUUACUUACCACAGUCUCUAAUCUCUAUAAAUAAAUACAAAAAUCCCACCUUCCAGAAUCCACAUUGCAUGCUGUUCAUACAUUUCCCAUGAGUUUGUUUGCUUUAUGUUUUAAUAUAUGAAUUUGAAUCCCCAUAUGCUUAAUUGUUACUGUCAGAUUCAGACAAGUCGUUUCGUUUUUGGUCUUAUGUAAUUAAAUCUUGUCUGUUACUGCAACUGCGUUUGUUAUAAGUCUCUCUCUCUCCUCUUCUGCAGUCACGUCUUUGCUUUCUUUUGGCUAUUAUUUUUGUAAGUUGGUGGGUGAGAGAGUGAGAGGAGUUAUUAUUUCUAGGGUUUAAGAAAUAUGGAGGCUUCUUCUUCUUCUUCCUCCUCAAAGGGUUUCAUGGCAAAUGUGGAGCAACCCCAUGUUUUAGCCGUCGAUGACAGUCUCAUCGACCGAAAACUGAUCGAAAAGCUGCUCACAAAUUUGUCUUGCAAAGUGACAACUGCAGAAAAUGGGGCAAGGGCGUUGGAGUUUCUGGGCUUGGGAGAUCAACAACACAAUAGCUUGGAGAGUAAUGUUUCAAACUCAAAGGUAAAUCUGGUAAUUACUGACUACUGUAUGCCAGGAAUGACAGGCUAUGAACUGCUCAAGAAAAUCAAGGAAUCAUCAAUCAUGAAGGAGGUUCCAGUGGUGAUUAUGUCAUCUGAAAACGUACCGAAUCGGAUUGACAAGUGCUUAGAGGAAGGAGCUCAAAUGUUCAUGCUAAAGCCACUGAGACAGUCUGAUAUAAAGAAAUUGAGAUAUCAUUUGAUGAACUGCAAUAGCUAGAAAAACGUUUUUCUUUUCCUUUUUUUUUUUCUGGAGAAAGAAUUGGAAAUAGCCUAAGAGCUAGUUCAAUUACUAAGUUUUUCUGUGCAACAUAGCAUGGUAUGCACUGGAGAGCUAGUCUAUUAAAUUUUUUUAUAAUUUCCUUAUGACAUAUGAACUUCCUUCAAUAUGCUAAUUUUUAAUUUUGGGUUUUGUUUUGUUCAGGA